AUGUCGGGCGAGUUGCCAGAGGUGUCCGACAACAUCAACCCCACGCCCACGGCCGGGUACAAGCCCGGAGAGAAAAAAUCCAUACAAGAGUAUCAGUCGCUGGAUGCGGGUGAUGAGAGUUUGCGCCGCUGGAAAGAGAGUUUGGGCAUCAGCUCCUCGGCCACGCAGGGCGCCAUGGACCCGCAUGCGCCCCGCCUCGUGAUUCAUUCACUGGCAUUGGAGAGUGAGCAGCUGCCGGAUGGACGCGUGGGCAUCCAGCUGGACCGCCCUGGUGAGUUGGAAAAGGUGGCCAAGAUGCCGCUCCAGAUCACGGAGGGCAUUGAGUAUGCUGUGACCAUCCAAUUUACGGUCGGUCGCGAGGUCUUGUCGGGUCUCAAGUACAUUCAUGUCGUGAAGCGUGCUGGCAUAGCCGUGGAUCGUAUGGAAGAAAUGAUCGGUUCCUACCCACCCCGCGCUGAACCAUACACGAAGCGGUUUGCGCCCAACACUGCGCCCAGUGGAUUCUUGGCCCGUAGUGGCACGAAUACGGUGCGUAGCAGGGUUGUCGAUGAUGAUGGCACCACGUAUGCCGAUUUUACGUGGUCGUUCAAGUUUACCAAGGCAUAG